UGCUCAAUUUAUCGAAUUCAAGCUUCUUUUUCGGGAUGAGGUCUCAAACAUGUUGGAGAUGAGGGAAUAAAAUAAGUGCAUUGGCCAUCAGCAGCCCACAGUGACAGCUCUUUGUUAGUGAACAGAAGAAAUCAGAAUUGAGAGAGGGAGAACUCCUCCUACCAAAUUACCCAAGCAGGGCAGGCGUUUCUCUCUCUCUCUCUCUCUCUCUCUCUCUCUCUCUUGCUUUCUUCACAAAUAAGACACACGUCUCCAAGCCUCACACACUCCCCACACCCGACUCCUGGGCACUCGGAUCCCUAUAAGACUAUAAGAGCCAAACUGGGAACUAAAAUCACACGAUUUAAAACAAAUCAUCCAUCUCUUUCUCGGCAGAUUUCCUCACCCGGACUAUACUUUUGUUUUUUGUUUUUUUGCUUCUUUUUUAAAAACCAGGAGUGGAUGUGCGCUUUACUACUGUUCCUGCCGUUUGCAGUUUGCGAGGCGGCCUGCUAAAGUGCGCGCACGUGCGCGCGCGCGUGUGUGUGUGUGUGUGUGUGUGUGCGUGGUGGUGUAUGCGUGCUGGUGGUGUGUGUGUAAGUUUCCUUGUAGCAGAUCGCUUUCGGAUGGUGUGAGGGGCUCCGUGGCGCCUGUUAUAUGGAAGUUGUGGCGUGCAAGGCGAAAGAAAGCAGUUGCACAUUGCGCCCCGCAGCAGCAGCAGCAGCAGCCAUGCUUUUCCACGGUAUCUCCGGCGAACACAUCCAGGGUAUAAUGGAGGAGAUGGAGAGGAGAAACAAAACGGAGUCUCGCUUAGCCAAAGCUGUCCAAAUGAACGGAAGAGACACGAGCAUGCCGUCUGUGAGUCCGGAGAAGCCUGCUCUGUGUGCCGGAUGUGGAGGUAAAAUCUCUGACCGCUAUUAUUUACUGGCGGUGGAUAAACAGUGGCACCUGCGCUGUCUCAAGUGCUGCGAGUGCAAACUGGCUUUGGAGUCCGAGCUCACGUGCUUCGCCAAGGACGGCAGCAUUUACUGCAAAGAGGAUUACUACAGAAGGUUCUCCGUGCAGCGGUGCGCACGCUGUCACCUGGGCAUCUCGGCGUCGGAAAUGGUGAUGCGCGCGCGCGACUCCGUGUACCACCUGAGCUGUUUCACGUGCACGUCGUGCCACAAGACGCUGAGCACCGGCGACCACUUCGGCAUGAAGGAGAGCCUGGUGUACUGCCGUCUGCACUUCGAGAGCCUCGUGCAAGGGGAAUACCAGCACCACCAGCAGCAGCACACGCAGCUGAACUACGCAGACUUAGCUGCAAAGGGCGCGAGCUUGGCGCUGCCGUACUUCAACGGCUCGGGAACGGUACAGAAGGGCAGGCCGCGUAAACGGAAGAGCCCAGCCAUGGGCAUAGACAUCAGCACGUACAACUCGGGUUGUAACGAGAAUGAUGCUGAGCAUCUGGAUCGAGAUCAGCAGGCAUACGCUCCAUCGCAGAAGACCAAACGCAUGCGCACGUCCUUCAAGCACCACCAGCUUCGCACCAUGAAGUCCUAUUUUGCCAUCAAUCACAAUCCUGAUGCCAAGGAUUUAAAGCAGCUUGCGCAGAAGACGGGCCUCACCAAAAGAGUGCUGCAGGUCUGGUUCCAAAACGCGCGGGCCAAAUUCAGACGGAACGUUUUGCGGCAGGAGAGUGGGGGUGUUGAGAAGGCUGACGGCACGUCACUUCCCGCACCCUCCUCCGACAGUGGUGCUCUGACCCCGCCAAGCACAGCCAGCACGCUAACAGACCUGACCAAUCCCUCUAUCACCGUAGUCACCUCAGUCACCUCUAGUUUGGACAGCCAUGAGUCCGGGAGUCCCCCACAAACGACCCUGACGAACCUUUUCUAACACAGAUUUGGGGUUUUAUUGUUUAUUGUUUUGUUUUUUCCUCCCUUGCAAAUGUGGCUUUUUGUUGUUAUUUACAAAACACUCUUAAACAACCAGAGACAGAUCCAUUUGAGGAUGAAGUAGUCACCUCAAGUCAACCUUAUUUUGGACAGACUGUAUUUUGAUUUUGCAAAAAACAAUAAUAGUUAAAUUAAUAAAUAAAGCAUAACGAUUUAUUAAAAAUUCGAAUUAUAUUUGAUUUUUUUUUUUGUUUUGUUUACAAACAGAUCCAUUCAAAUCAGGAAUAAUUUGAACUCUGUAAAAAGUUACUCAUAUAUUACUAUUUUGUUUUGGUUUUGUUUUUCAACGAAAAUAUUUGAGGGAUUUCAUUUCGGAUUCGACCCAGUGAAGGUCCCGUUCUCACACGAAGCACUAAAACAAACGAGAGGGUCAAUUUAAUGUGUAGCACUUGCAACCACUUGGCAACUGAGUUUUUCCCCCAUUUUUUUUAAUCCUACUCACCAUGUCAGCAUCGUCUCUGCAUGUUUCAGCACUUCACGUGUUAAAGUGGAAACAUGUCUCAGACCACGUGCUUUAAGCCACACACAAAAUCCUUCAUUCUGUUUUGUAAUUUUUUUUUUUAUUUCAUUGAUAAUCUGCAUUUUAUUUCCCAAAGCAUUUUUGCAUUCCAGUUGAGCCCCAGUGUCUGUAGCUCUGAUAAACAACUCCAUUAUCAUGCGUUUUCAUACUUUAUACUUUUACAACUCGCAUGCCAGGUGGUGCUUCAACCUCAAGACCACAUCGUCAUACCAGCGUGGCUCUAAUUAGGGUUAAAUGAUAUCGAAAACUGUGCAGUGGUAACUGUUCAAAAUAAUAUAAAAAAAAAACAGCUUCAGAGCCCUUUAUAUUAUUAUUUUUUUGAUGGGCUUCAUUUGACUCGAUUGUACAGACAAGGCACUUUUAACACGUAUUCUGGCAUAUAAAGUAUUUAAACCUUUGCCAAUUCCUAUUCAUUGCUAUAGAUUUGCAGUUUGCUUAGUGAUCAGUGUGUUACGGUGGCGUAGCUCAGGGUGAUCAUGAGAUUCAACACAAUUUGGAGAUGGAAAAUUUAGUCUGUUUUUUUUUUUUGCAUUUUUUAAUGUGUUAUUUCUCAGCUUGUGGAUUGCAAUAUCGAUGAAAAAACAAACACCUCUUCUGAUUGGAGAAAGUUAGUCAUACCUAUAAUCAAAUCACUCUUUUUCAGUCAAAUGCAAUUUUUUUUAUUAAUUAUUAUUUUUUUUAAUUAAAUGGACACUUGCCACUGAACAGACCAAAAACAUGAGGAUUUGGAAUUGACAGCGAGGGACAGUGAGGGGUUGAUUAGUUCAUUGUGUGAUGGAGAGAUGGUUCUGUUUGUAGAACAAAGUGCUCCUCUAAGAUCUACUUCAUGAAGUAGACGCCUAACUCAGUUCUACUAUGUGCCUUACGCUAUAACCUGGAAGAGAGCUUGUGAAAUUCAGGAGAUACAUGUGUGUUUGUUUAAUGGAUAUCGCAUUCUUUGAACGCCUCACUAGUUUUGUACUGUUCUGUUUUUCAUCUGAGGAUCUUUUUAAUGGUGUUAUUCUGUUACAAAGGAGGCAAGCGAUGGCCUAGAAAGCAGUUGUGCACUCUUUCAAUUAUAGUCGGUAAAUCCGAGAAUCUUAUAUAUUGAUCUUCGUGUUAAUAGUAUGGUACGUGUUCUAUCAAGAUUGUCCAUUGUUUCCUUGUUUCUUGAAAAAAAAAAAAAAGAUGGUGUAUAGAAACUA